UUAUAAAGCGCAAAGCUCCUCCGUUCCCUCCACAGACCGGAGCGCUCAGACCAGCUGCGUGCGCCACGUUACCACACCACACACACAACCAGGACUCGAACCUCCUCACAGCGAUGACCCCGCUGUCCUGGCUACCUGGAUUAACUCUCCAAUAACUGCUGCCCUCCUCCCCCCCGACCCCGCACCCUCACCCGGAGCAGCUUCAGCAGCAGCAGCAGCGUCAGCGUCGCCCUUUGCCGUCGCCGUCUCCAACUCCGAGCUGUGUUCCGCGGUCAUGGGCUGCGCCGUGUCCUUCUUCUCUCCCGGACUGCUGAGAGGCUCGGCCGCGCUGUGAGGCGAGAACGCCAGGUGGAUUUAUGGUCGGCGAAGCUGCAACUGCCAGCCCAGUGGGAAAUUAGUGGAAGUUUGAGUGUGCCGGGAGGAUGCAGGUGACGCGCUGGUGCGCCGUGUUCCUCCUGACGCCCGCGCUUUGCCUGGUUACAAGUGCCCAUGUCAAGUCAGGAAGCCCGAAAUCGUCGCUAAAGCAUAUAUGGACAGAAAGCAGUAAGGAUAUGUCAAUCAGUAGGCUGCUGACACAGACUCUGCACGGAAAAGAGAACAGCACAGCUUUGGACCUUCACUAUGAAACCCCAGAGCCGUACUCGGAGCAGGACCUGUGGGACUGGCUGAGGAACACCACAGACCUGCAGGACUCGCGGCCGCGGGCUAAGCGGCGGCCCAUGGUGAAGACGGGAAAGUUCAAGAAGAUGUUCGGCUGGGGGGACUUCCACUCCAACAUCAAGACGGUCAAACUCAACCUCCUCAUCACCGGUAAGAUCGUGGACCACGGAAACGGCACCUUCAGUGUCUACUUCCGCCACAACUCCACAGGUCAGGGCAACGUGUCCGUCAGCUUGGUCCCGCCCACAAAGAUAGUGGAGUUUGACGUGGCGGCGCAGCAGUCCGUCAUCGACGCGAAGGAUUCAAAGUCCUUCAACUGCCGCAUCGAGUACGAGAAGGUGGAGAAGGGCGCCAAGAACACGCUCUGCAACUUCGACCCGUCCAAGACCUGCUACCAGGAGCAGACCCAGAGCCACGUUUCCUGGCUCUGCUCCAAACCUUUCAAAGUCAUAUGCAUCUUCAUUUCCUUCUACAGCACCGACUACAAACUGGUGCAGAAAGUGUGCCCGGACUACAACUACCAUAGUGACACACCCUACUUCCCGUCUGGGUGACGGUCUCGCACACUCGCGGUCACAUGGUGGACGAGCGGAGCACAGGAUGGGGCUUCGACCCAUUCCGGAGAAAUGUGUGUGUUAGCCUUUCUGUCCCCAAAAUCAUGUCCACAACAUUUAAGUGUAAGCCCCCCAUUGAUUUCCCAACGUGGCAAUCUGAAUUUGAAGGAUUUGGUUACUUUAAACUGUAAAAGUGUAAUAUGCUUAAACUGACCUGAAAUCCUCUCUCUGUGUUAUAGUUUUCCCUGAGUUCACUUUUAUUUGAUGUUGAACAGUUUGUCAAUAACCAGGAUAUUUUGGUUCUUUUAUGUGUGUGUUCCGCAGAUAUCAACUUUUUUCUUUUCCUCUCUUAUCAUAUUUCCCGUACAAUACAUCAACUCUCUGGACACCGACAUGUCGACUGUCUGCUCACCCCCUGCUGUGCUACUUCAGUUCAUCCUGCAUAUCAAGAAAACAAAAUCAUAAAAAAAAAUUAAAAUACAGUAUAUAUAUAUAUAAUAUAGCUUGGGUGCUGGCACGGCAUCUGGAAAAAGGAGAGUGAAGACUUUAAAUGUGCAGUUUGAUGCUUCUUAGAAACGUGCGGUGGUCUUAUCUGUGUGAGGGGAUUGAGCUUGAACUGAGCAAGCUUCUGCCUUCAGGUGAGUCUCAUUGAGACGGCAUCGCGCUCAGACACUGUAACACUGUCAACCCUCAGCUGUGCUCCUGCCGGUGCGGUGACCGCGUCGCCGGGGCGACUGCUUCACUCUUGGCUGACUGAAUGUUCCGAUCACCUGACCGACUGACCGGUGACUCAUUCGGGGAGAUGGGGCUUGCUCAUUGUCACUUAAUAUAUCAACUGUAAUGUAUUGAAUUCUAUAUCUUAGAGCCUAAUUUGUAUGAAUGGUUUGUAUUGUACAUAGUUUAUCCCAAUUGCGCUGCUUCUAUACAUACAUGCCCCCCCCCACCCCACUCCAUGAGCUGUGUCCCCCCCCCCCCUCCCCCGCGCUGAGUUGUCUUGUUCACUCCCAUCUAUGCUCGUUUUUUGGUUCUUCUAGCAAAGAAAAUGAUGUUGCUGCCCUAGAUGUGAAUUUCAUGAAACAGCAAUCCUGUAAAGAAGCUGUAACACUGUCUAAAUAUAUUAAAGUUAUUCAUGGAAAAUUUUCUUUACUGGGGGUUUGGGGUGGGGCGGGGGUUGGACGUGUACAUACGAAUUAAAGACUACAGUAAAUUUUAUCAAGUGAA